AUGACUACCGUUCGACGUGUUCAGGCCGACGACGCUGGAUCAGAUCAGCCCUCUUCGUCUGUUGGGUCUGCUUGUACCGCCAUCUACUGGCCACAAUCUGGCAUGACUCCUGACGACGGGUCGGCAGGCUCUCCUUCGUACUCACCUCGCUCACCAUCAGAAUAUUCAGACUCGCAGGACGUCAAAGAUCUUAUUGAGCUCGCCAACGAAGACAAGGCGUCCACAGCUACUGAUGUAACUUCAUUGUCUUCAUGGAACAAUGUGCCACCUCCACCGCCAAUUUCCGCUGCCCCCUGGCGCCAAAACCUUCUUGGUCUCUUGGGAGGCCACGCCACUCGUGCUUCUGUUGAUAGCCGACCGCUCGGCUUCGGCAAUUUCCACGUCACUUUUGAUACGAGCAACACACCUUCCCGCGACACGCGGGUAUUUGGGCAAACAAAUGUCCCUGAGUCCCACGCAUCCGAUGCCAGAAAUUGUAACGUCUCCGAUGGCGCGAGCAGUCGUAAGGACAGUAGGAGCGGCCUAGGUAGUGCUACGACCCCUAGCAUGUCGAAGCCGGCUGGCAACAGGCAUGGAGAAGACCACAGCAGUAUCACCGAUGUGGCACGCAUGGAUCUACUCUCCGACAUGAUUCAACGAUUGAAAGCAGAAAACGACAUUCGCGCUGUCGACAUUGCUACUGGACUCCCUGUCCACCCGCCUCGUGCUGCAUAUUCUCCUCUGUCUUGGUCGCUGGGGCUCCCAUCUCGACUUUCCCUGGUAUCUGCAGUACCACUCAAUUGCACGUUUCCGCGUGGCCAAGGCAUUCCAACGCUACUGACGGAUACCGGUGCGCAGGGGUAUGCUUCUACCGACGCAGGACCGGCUCCUCCAGAGCAACCGACCACAACUCGCUAUCCCAUCAAUUUACCUCCCACUACCAAUGGGCGAAGUCAGUCCCCAGAGCAGGACCAAUUCUUAAUGGAUGAUAUUGAUGGACCACAUACCGACUACGAGGUAAAUGUUCCUGUGUUGCCCUUUGCCGCAUCACUCUGCGACUUCCUCGAUCUGCUGGUCCAUCGCGUCUUACUGACAGAAUGUAGCACACCGACCAACCGAUCGCCAAAAUGGAUGAGCGAGAAAGGAUCAAACGUCCUUGGGCAACGAUCACACUUGCGGCGCCCGAGCCUAGAUACAUCCCUGAAGACUGUACUCGCACUCCACCAGACGAAGUCCCCUUCAUGCUAGUUGGAAGUAGAACCAUGGCCCUGGACAGACCUGUUGACAUGCGAUGGAAUCUUCGACUAGCUGAUCUCGGCCCGCCUCCGUUGGAACCCUAUCCAAAAGGGCCUCCUCUUUCAAACGACAUAGCGUACCUGUACGUAGACAAUCGAGUAUGGAUGCGGACUCCCGAGGAAAGACGAAUGCUAGCGCAAUUUGAAGAGAAUUAUCGUGAAUAUCUGAAGCCGUACUGGUGGGAAGUCGGGCUGGCAAGAGCUGAACACUUCUGGCUCAGUCGCGACCGCUUUCGUAACAGCGAAUCAUUCUACAUUCGAGCUCAACGGAGCUUCGCUGGAUGGAUAGGUCGGCUCAUUUCCUUUGGAUACUCGGGUAUUCUGUUUCAACUCGAACCGAUUGCAGGCCCUCUUCUGCAUGGCUCUUCCAGGCGCGGUCUCUGUCAGAUCAUUGGCUGGCAAGCUGAGCGACGCAGGCGCAUCAGCUAGCAGCUGGACUGGAAGAUCGCAGGUCUGAUAUCUCAAUUGUGGACAACGACGGAGUUGCCAAAUUUUCGCUUUGGCGUGGCAUACGACGUGAAAGAGCGUAUGCAACUUCUACGGCAAGGUGGCAGAUGUGUCAAGCAGAGAGCACUGGAGCUAGAUCGUGAGUGGCAAGAUGUUGUGCAUGAGUUCCACAAGCUCCAUGGCUUUGUCAUGCCGACUGGCAAACGCCAAAUUGAAGAGGACCCUAUCAUCUGCUAUUCUGCCAAGGCGAGGCGCCUAAGUAGCCCUGAUUCGAGCCGGGAGAGGAGUCCUGAUGGACAGCCCGGUCCAAGUGGAAUUUCCGGACACGAGCGCAGCGCCGCACCUGAAGCAUCUGGAUUCCGACCGCGUAGCAUCAGCUUUACCCCUGGCACCGCAGAUGGACCACGGGAUGACGGCAUAUAUCGUGAGGGAGCUCCGCGUUCAGGAAGGCCUGUCAAUGCUUCUUUUUCCAUUUCCACCCACGCAGAGCAAACGAACGGGGACAGCAUUCGCACCCAAGGCAAUACAAUGGCAGGACGACCCAGUCUAGGAACAGAGGCGCGUGGCCGGACUGGGCAGAGAAAUAGCCAGCCCCGCGUCAACGCAUCUGGGAGUCGUUCUCAGGGACCCUACGGCGCAAGUCCUGGGAUGCAAGAGCGUUACAGGGAAAGCAGGAUUCGUGACCAAGCUGCACGCAGGGCAGCCCAAAUAUUCGGCCGUCGACUAGAGCGUGACAACGUAGGGCGAAGACCUACUUUGGGUCAGUGGCUUGCCUCUGUCCUGUCUGGAGGUCGGUCAAGUUCCGAAUCAUCGACCAAAUCCUCGCUAGACAGCCAGCGGCCUCGUUCUUCCAACGAAGAGAAUCCUCGACAAGAUCAAGGGGCUCAGAGGCCUAGUGCAAUGCCCGAUCCCAACGCAGCUCUCUUGCGCACCUCAGAACUGAGGAACUGGGCCGAUCGUGGUUGGCCAUCAGUUUCAGUUGAUGAAGCGUUGACGCCUGGACGCACACCUCCUCCGAGGCGCAUUGUCUUUCCCAACCCUUUCAAAGAUCGUUCGUACGCGAAUUCCAAAGUUGGUGAGCCGAGUAACAGAGACGGCAGCGGGGAUUCAGGACCUUCUGCAUCUUCAAGCGCUGGGCCAAGCGUCAGAGACAAUUCUGGUCCUCAUAGAUCUCCCGGCAAUCGUCGAAAGUUCUCGACAAACAGUGCGGUCCCAUUGCAACAGUCGCCCGAGACUUCGCAUCUGAGAUCGAUGGCGGCAAUAUUCCAGGAGUUCCAGGAAGAGAUGGAGAACUCCUCAAAUGAAGAUGGCGAGCUCGACGGUAGAGAUGCGAACGAACCUCAGGACUCCAACGACACCCAUGACGAAAACCCAGCGGACACGACGGUCCCAAGUUCUGACGAUGGUGACGCAGCAUCACCGGAUCCGCGAAGAUCAAUGUUGGAAAUCUAUGAGGGCCUCAGCGCAGAUAGGGACGAUCUUUCUGAUGGUGGUAGUUCGGAGGAACCCUCUUCGGGCAGCAAUUCCCCUCCUGAAACCUCAACACCAGAUCAGGUUACAAUCAGCUUCUUUGGCACCACGCGCGACAUCACUUACCUGCGUUUGACUCCCACUUUUGUUGAAUAUAUCAGGAGCCAGCCGGAACAGAUACGGCAAGACAUGAUUACACAUGAGGAUCGUAAGCAAGCGGCCCGCAACGCUCGCCGCGAUAACACCUUGGAGGGACUGCGUCUUGUUAUACCAGAAAAUGAUGAUGCGAGAGAAGAUGACGCCACAUCGCACGAUGUUCGGAGAAGCUCAAGCAUGAUCAGUCCGAUGGACCCAAGCAGGAAUGAGAAUCUGCCAUCGACAGCGAGCACAUCGGCGUGGAGAGAGCUGCUUGGUGGUGCAACCGCAAGUGCGGAGCAUGGCCAAGCCGUGCUCUUGCCACAAGGGGCGGGACACUCCGGAAACGUGGGCGCACGCCGAGAUACCGGCACUGUCGUAGGGGAGGUGGAAGUGUCAGAUGAUGAGUUGUCUGAAGAUAUGCUUGAGGGUCGUCGUAGCCUCAAGGGAAAGGGUAGAGCGGUGGAGUACCAGCGUGAACAACGUGACUCGCAAAGUGACGGCGGAGCGAUCGCUUAA